AUGGCUUCACCACCGGUCCCCAGCCCGGCCACGCCACCCUUCGACCAAGCCACGCAUAACCUCACUGGCAACUUGACUGGCAAUUUCAUUAACGGAAACUCUACCUCCGCCGCGCUUGAAUGGGAUCUUUACGUUUACGCCAGCUUCUUUACAAUGGAGGCCAAGCUCAUCUUCAGCGCCCUGGCCACCAUCUACAUUGGGGCCCAUGGUUCUCUUCGCCGUCCCCCUUCUGCCGCUCCUGCGAAGCGUAAGAAAGGAGAGCGUGAGCGCAAAGAGGACGAGCCCAUUACCGAGGGUCUCUUGCCCACCGACGCCAUUCUCUUUCCCCUCUUGGCCGGCGCCAUGCUGAUCGGUCUAUACUACCUCAUCCAGUGGCUUCAGGACCCGGCCAUCCUCAACAAGAUCCUGCGGGUGUACAUGUCCAUCAUGGGCGUCGCCAGCUUGUCGACCCUGAUCGCGCAUUCGCUGCGGGUUGCCGUGGAAUUCCUCUUCCCUAACUACUUCCGCCACAACCGCUCGCUGUACCGCGUCGACGCCGACGAUGAAUCAUUCGUCAAGUUCACGGGGGAGGACGUGGACCGAAGCAACGCGCAGUUUCUCCAGAAGAGCAACCCGUUGCCAUUCGGUCUUCGCUCUAUGUUUCCGUUCAACACAAUCAAGGUCAACCGAUUCCUCUGGGACUUGCGCCAUGUCCUGAAGGACGAGUGGACGGUCAGGGCCAAGGUCCACGGCCUCUUCCACGAAAAAUUACACAUCUCCGUCCUACACGUCAUCGGCUUUAUCCUGGCUGUCACAGCUGUUUUCGCCUACUUCAUGUCUGGGUCGCCCUUCCUCUCCAACCUGAUGGGCUACGGCUUCUGCUACGGCUCAUUCCUGAUCAUGUCCCCGACGACCUUUGCCACUGGAAGCUUGGUAUUGAUGGGCCUCUUCUUCUACGACAUUGUCAUGGUCUUCUACACACCGUACAUGAUCACCGUCGCCACGAAGCUGGAUGUUCCCAUCAAGCUCCAGUUCCAGUCUGCUGCUAGGUCUAGCAUCCUCGGUCUCGGAGACAUCGUCGUCCCUGGCAUCGUCAUGUGUCUCGCUCUCCGUUUCGACAUGUGGCGCCACUACCAACGACAGAUCAAGUACGUCCCCACCGACUUGAAGUCCGACCAGCGCGACGCCGACUCAGGCGACGUCGUCACCGUCAGCAAAACUCAACACAUGGCCCAGAAGGCUACUUACCUUGACAUCACCGGAUGCUGGGGAGAUUGGUUCUGGUCGUCGUCAUGGCUGGGCCUGCUCAAGGGUGGCCAAGAGAUGUCCCCGCCAAGUGUUCGGGGGUCGACUUUCAGCAAGACCUACUUCAACGCUUCUUUAAUUGGCUACACCCUCGGCAUGCUGUUUACCCUUUGCAUGCUUACCAUCUUCAAGCACGGCCAACCCGCGCUAUUGUACCUCGUCCCUGGCGUACUAGGCUCCUUGUGGCUGACUGGCCUCGUCCGAGGAGAGCUCAAGGAGAUGUGGAUGUAUACCGAAGACGGGACACUAGACACGUGCGACGUGGUGGUCGAGCUCGACGGCAACGGCAACGUGGUCAAGGAGACCAAGAAGGACACAGAGAAGGAUGAAGCCGAUAAGAAGAAAAUAACCGAGGACGAGAAAGCCGAAGAUGAGAAGAAGGCGGCUGACAAGAUUGAGGCCGAGAAGACUGAGUACAGCAUAGCAGAGUUCUCCAUCACUGCCCCGCUUAGGAAGCCAAAGGCGCAGUGA